AUGUCGCUCAUCAAGUUCUCCAGCAAGAGCAUCUGCACCUACUUCUUCAAGGUCGUCGUGGACGAGGCCAGCCAGCCCACCGAUUAUUUCCGCUGUCAAUGUGGCACCGUGCGCAAGCAGGCCCGGGGGACGGGCUACAGCAACCUACUCAACCAUGUCCGCAAGGAGCACCCCGACUACGCCACCACCAUGGCCGCAAGCGCUCGCUCAGGAGCGCUGACGAUCUUCGUGGACUCCAAAAGCCAAACGGUGUAG